GCAAAGCAUGGUCAUCGCUCAUCCUCGUGUAUAUAAUGUGGGUCUUGAUCCCCAAUCUCACCCAUCUCUCUUCCCUCACCACCUUAUUCCAUCCGUCAAUUCGCCAGCAGGUCAUUCAAGCUUCUGCAUCUCUCUAUACCACACCUCAAGUCUCCCUACACAAUGCGUGGACCUUACGUUACAGCGGCAGCCGCUGCAGCAGCCACGCUGAUGGCCAGCUCUGCCGUCUCCGCAAUGCCUCUAAGCUUUGACGAUUUGAGCGACCCAACCUCAUAUCUGUCUCCCCGUUCCUCCAUUUCAGAGCGUCGAGACGUUUCUAGUUCCCUCAAGACCUGCCUGAGCAAGACGGGAGCUCAGAUCGACUAUCCCGGAACCAACGCCUACAAGAGCGAGUCGUUCUCCGAGAACAGCUCCAUCAAGCCUUACCAGCCCGCCAUCAUCGUCACACCUGCCAACGCUCAGCAAGCAGCGAGCGCACUCAAAUGCGCUGCCAACGAAGGUGGCAAGACCAAAGUUGUGGCCAAGAGCGGAGGACACUCUUACGCUGGCUACUCUUUGGGCGGUCAAGAUGGCUCCUUGGUCAUCUCACUCUCCAAAUUGGAAACUCUGACCGUGGACAAAACGGCCAAGACUGCGCGCGUAGGCGCAGGUAACCGUCUGGGACCCAUGGCACAAGCUCUUGGUGAAGCUGGAUUCGCCUUGCCUCACGGUACCUGUCCCACCGUCGGAACGGGCGGUCACUCGCUCGGAGGUGGUUGGGGUUUCAGCAGCAGAAAGUGGGGCUGGCUUCUGGAUCACAUCGUCGAGAUGGAAGUGGCUACGCUGGAUGGAAAAGUCAAGAAAGUCAAUGCGCAGAGCACGGGCGACGAUGCCGAUCUUUGGUGGGCUCUGCGUGGAGCUGGCGCUUCGAACUUUGGCGUCGUCACCACCUUUACCUACGCUCUGGAAGAUGCACCCACAAACGUCAUCAAUCACUCGCGCACAUAUGCCAACAACAAGGACUGCGCUCAAGCGCUGCUGGCAUUCCAAGACCUCGGUGCCAAGACGGUCGCGAACGGCGGUCUGCCCGCCGAGUUCGGCGCCGAGCUCUUGCUCUACGGUGAAGGAAGCGGCUCCGACGGAGCUUGCACCAUUUCUGGUCAAUAUCUGAGCGGGCCGAAACACUACCAGAACGCAUCGCUCAUCCUCGACAAUGCCAUCUUGAAGCGGGGCGUCAAGCCAUCCAAGACCUCUGCUCCCGCCUUUAGCGGCAGUCAGGACGGCGACAACAGCGCUUGGCUUCAGGCUCUUAAGAACCUGAUGGGCGAUUUGCAACAAGCACCAGCUGCAGACCCUUACUACGCCAAGAGCUUGCUCGAUGAUGGUAAUGUGCGCUUCAACGACGCUUCGGCCAAAGCCAUCAUCGACAAGUUGCAAAGCUAUGUCGGCGGCGAGGAAGGCAAUUCGAUCAGCUUCGACCUGAACGGUCCAGCAUCCAAGACCAACGCCCCUCUCAGCUCUGCCUCGGCAUUCGACACCAACCGAGGUUCGCUCUUUUUCAACCAGUUCUACUCCUAUGGAGUGCCCGGUCCCGACAAUCCCAAGGGCCAACAGUCGCUGUAUUCCAAGUUCGACAGCCUGGUCGAUACUGUCAAGAACGCGGCACCCAACGCGAAUUGGAGAGCUUACUCCAACUACGUAGACUUCAGACUGAAAGACUGGGCUCGCGCUUACUACGGAAGUAGCUUGGACAGACUGAAGAGCAUCAAAGCCAGACUCGACCCAAACAGCGUCUUUGACUACCAACAAAGUCUUGCUCAUGCCUGAUCCUGGCAGAGAAUCACCUGAUGCAUCUCGACUACGUCUUGUCCAACUUCACGAUCGAACGCUCUCAACAAAAGCACAUGGACAUUUCAAUGCUUGCGCUCCGCAUCUGCACGUCAUCAUCGCCGCC